GCCAUCCCUCAGAGAGAAGUCCCUCUCGCUGUCCAGAAGAGUGGAAACUGCUUGUGAACGAACUGUAGACAUGGCAGCCAGGGCAGAAGCAGGAAACAGGAGGAGUGAGCAAUUCUGGGGAAGAAUUCGGCAGACCCUGGAAGAGGCUGCGGUCACCUCAGAUGCACAGAGCCGGUCGUUCCAGCAGAUUGGCUGCCCGGAAGCCAAAGGGCAACAAGAGUGGCUGCCUGCAGAGAAGCACGUGAAGAAGCAGAUCCUGGAGCUGGUGAUCCUGGAGAAGUUCCUGGCCAUCCUUCCUCAGGAAAUGCAGUGCUGGCUCAGGAAAUGUGACCCUGAGACCUACGACCAGGCAGUGGCCCUGGCAGAAGUCUUCCUGUCAAGGCACCAACAAAAGGAGGAGGCAGUGGAGCAAAGGGAGCAGGGGCCAGUGACUUUUGAAGAGGUAGCAGUCUAUUUCUCUGGGGAAGAAUGGGGUCUGUUGGAUCCAGGCCAGAGAGCUCUCUACAGAGAUGUUAUGGUAGAGAAUUAUGGGAAUGUGGCCUCUCUAGGAUAUAACACCUGUGUGCUGGAAUACGAGAAGAACGGUUGGCAGAAAAGACUUGAAAAAGCGGACAUUGAUGACAGAUUGCUAGAAGGAUCUGAAGGGAAAUGUUUCUGGGACUCUGUAACACAAUCAAAGCCUCAAAUAGAGCUGGAAACAGACAGUCACCAGAGUGAUCAUGAGGAGAAUAAACCCAAACUAGCCUUGCUUUGGCAGGAAGAUGCUGAAAAUUUAGAGUUGGACAAAGGACUCCUGAAGUGUGAAAGAACGCAGAGAGACCAAGACUGUGAUAACUUUAGUCAGAGCGCGAACUUUAUCAGGAAUCCACAAAUGGCAGAAAAAGCGUAUAUUUGUUCAUGCUGUGGACAAAUAUUCCAAGGGACUUCAGCUUUGCUCAUGCAUGAGAGAACUCAUAUAGCAGAGAAAAUAUAUAAGUGUGCGCAGUGUGGGAGAAAUUACUCUUGUCAUUCUGACCUCCUUGUACACCAGAAGAGCCAUGCACGGGAAAAUCCACAUCAGUGUGCUUUGGAUUGUGGCAAAUGGUCUAGACAGAAUGCCCCCCUGCACCCACACCAGGGAGCUCACCUGGAAGAGAAGCCCUCCAUCUCUGGAAUAACAAAGAGGUCAGCCGCCACUAUGGAAGUUUCACAUGCAAAGACAGGUCUCCCUGAACCAAAUGAAAGUACACCCAAGCGGUUUCGGACUCACGGGCGGAUGAAGGCAGGCAAGGCAUGGAAACCUGCAGACGGUGCCAGAGAAGACAAGGCACAGACUGGGGAUGUGUCACAGUUGCGGUUCCCUUGUGGAAAGGGAAAGAAAACGGCGGACUGCAGCGUCAGCGAAGCAGAUGAAACAUGGUCCAUGCCUGACGGGUAUCUGCCUGCUGAGGAGCCCAGCCCCUCCUCUGAUGACGACACCCCUUCCUCACCUUGCAGAUCAGUCACCAGUUCCCUUGAUUCCUUGCUGAAAGAGGAGCACAUGGCCCCCACUCUGGAGCAUGAUGCUGACGUCAAGGUGGGAACACUCCCCAUUUUCAAAUCUGAGCACGUUCAUCAUAGGCAGGAGGAAGUCAGUGCAGAACAUAACACAUCUUCAGCGAAUGGAACAGACAACGAGAGAGUCACUGGGGACAUGGUGAUACAUUCUAAUGCCACGGCAGACCAUGGGAAAGAUGCAGGAUGUUCUGAUCUUCCAUACACCACCUGGCCAGACCCUGCACAAAUGCCGCAGUCUGGCAAUGAAAGCGCCUCCCUCGGUUUCCACGCAAACUUCCACCAGGAGAAGAGGGCAGAGUCGAUGCAGACGCCUCAGGCCUUUGUCAGAAACUCCGCAAGUGAGAUCUGUGCGCCUGCGGAAGGGUGUCCGGCAGUCUCUGGCAUCUUCAUGCGACAAAGGAAGAAUGCGUCCUACGUGUGGAAGUUCUUCCGCCGAGCGCCCAACGAUAGAUUUGUAGUCGUUUGUCAGGAGUGCCACUCGAGGGUGCGCCUCGGGAAGGAAAAUGGAUGUGGGAAGGUCGGCACUUCGGCAAUGAGGAAGCACAUGGAGGUGCACCAUUCGAACCUCAUUCCUCAGCAGCAGGGUGUGGCUGACUUCGGGACAGUCGGUGCAGCCAGCAAAGUCACGCUAGAAGCUUCCGCAGCUGAGCCGAUGUAUCAUUCUCCAGGAGGACAGUCAUCCUCGCCGAAUUCCAUGGUGUGUCACCAGCUUAACAUCGAGGAAUCGUUUUGCCUCAAGGCUCCUGUCGGCGUGUCAAGUCCUCAGGCAGCUCGCUACACCUGUGGCGUGGCAGCGUACCUUGCCGAAGCGAUGCUUCCAUUCAGCACAGUGGAGGAAAAGUCAUUCGUCGAACUUUGCGCGGCAUUCGCACCACGAUGGAGGAUUCCGUCCAGACAGUAUUUUGCCACAAAGGCCAUUCCGGCAUUGGCAGAAGACAUUAAAGGAGCAAUAUGCCGAGGUAUGCGGGGAGCCGUAGGACAGGUAGUGCACUUCACCAGCAGGGUGUGGACAAGCAGCCAGGACAAGUCUUACCUUUGCGUCACUGCACACUGGGUGGGGUGCAAUGCCAUGGGAGCCCUCAAUCACCAGGAUGCCACUCUGGUUCUGGUGCCACUGACACAGAGGCACGUCGCUAACCACAUUGCUGCUCAAUUGCGGUCCUUGGUGGAAGAGUGGUUAUCUCCCCUCGAUCUGAGACUGGGGAGCAUCACGACGGACAAUGGUUCGAACUACAUGAAGGCUUUCCAAAACACGGCCUUUUGCCACAUCCGAUGCAUAGCUCACUGCUUGAACUUGGUGGUGACGGCGGCGUUACGGCUGGCACCAGCGUGCAUCAAGACUAUUGUGGACCUGGCGUAUAAAAUUGUCAGCCACUUCCACCACUCUAGCGGUGCACAGGAAGCCCUGAGAAGGAUUCAGGUGAGGAGAGGCCUUCCUCAGCAUAGACUUUGCCGAGAGGCUUGUGCACGUUGGAAUAGCACUCUGCACAUGCUCCAGAAACUGUGUGAGCAGAAGGAGGCUGUUAAUGAGUACAUGCGUGAGAAGAAUUACGGUGACCUCCGAGUCCGCCCCGAUCAGUGGGUUUUAAUGCACAACAUUGCAGAUUUACUGCACUCCUUUGAUGAGUGUACGGGGCUUUUGAGCCACAGCGAUGCCACUCUGGGGAUGGUUCUCCCUGUAAUCCAUGUGAUAACAGCUGACGUUCAGGAGAAAAUAGCCUCCUUUGCUGGUGGCUCCAUGGCAUCGCUGCCAUCAGUGGCCUUCGGGAACACGGUGCUGAAGCAACUGACCAAAAACAAGCAGCUGCACGCCAUGUCCAUCAGUGUUAGGUACCACUCAGCCACAUUCCUCGAUCCACGGUUCAGAGACAAAAUCAGGAGCUACCUGGGGGAGAGCACGGAAGAGAAUUACAGUGUGUUGCAUGCCUACGUUUUGAAGCAGACGACGCCCUACUGUCGCGAGCGAGCGGCGAACGCAAGGUGCACCGAGUCCGUGUCGGGGGAAGACAUCGCGUCGCAGGACAGGCUUUUCUUCGAAAGAGCCCUGCAGAACAGCCAGAGCUCUGUCUUCUCGAGGGGAGUCCUAAAACUGGGUCUCUGUGGCCCUACGCCCCGCCCAGUCAAGCAAAACACAUUCCUUGAGCAGGAGCCCGAGGUUAGCGCCCAACAAGAACUCGAAGCGUACGUCAGCGAUGAGAUUCCAGUGGAGUUCUUGCUGCCGGACAGCAACCCCUUGCAUUAUUGGGAAGGAAAGUGUGGCGUGUGGCCAUGCUUGUCUUCCGUGGCCAUCAGCACGCUGGCCUGCCCUCCAACUAGCAUUCCCUCUGAGCGCCUUUUUUCCAGUUCCGGCAACAGCACGGCAAAGCUGCGGACCCAGCUGUCUCCCGCCGGCGUUUCUGCUCUGUCCUUUGUACGGUCAAACAGAAAGUGGAUUCCGAGUGAGCACUGCCCUCCGGAAUGCACCAGUGACGAUUAUGCACUGCCUCCCCCUGCUGAUGCCACAGGGGCAGAGUGCAGUGUGGACGAAGAGGACACUAUCUCUGUUAUACUGGAGCCACUUGUUCCUGAUGAAGCUUCGUGUGAAUUGGAAGAAGACGGCAGUGAAAGGCUACCCUUGACGCCUUCUCCGCCAUUUCCUUUGUGUGGUGAAAGGAAAAGAGCUGCCAUGGAGUCAUCUCAGGGUUGGGUGUCUUUUGAAGAGGUGGCUGUGUAUUUCACCAAGGGGGAGUGGAUCCUGCUGAGCUCUGACCAGAUUGCUCUGUACAAGGAAGUUAUGCUGGAGAAUUUUGGGAACAUGGCCUCCCUGGGACUUGCAGUUGGGAAGCCUGACCUCAUAUCCUGGCUAGAGGAAGAGCUCUCGUUCCAUGACUGUGAUGAAAAGGAGAAAUUGGCAGCAGGAGAUGAAUGGGGGCCAAUGAAUGAAACCAAACCAUUAAUGGAGAAAAAAGAUGUAUAUACAGAUGUAAAAGACAACAUUGAAUAUUAUGAUAUCCCGAUCAAGGAGGAAGGAAAAUACUCUCUUAAAGAGAAGAAUCAUUGCAAUUUUUUACAAGGUGAUAAUUUGCAUGAAGUUCCACUACAUCAAAAACUAUAUAGAAGACAAAGUUGGAAUGAGGGAAAUGAAAUUGAGGAAAAACCAGACACUGAUAUGCAUUGGAAUAUCCAUAACAGAAAGAAAAUAUUUAAGUGCCUGGACUGUGGAAAAGGCUUUGGAUGCAAGGCUAAGGUAACUUCCCAUCAAAGAAUUCACACUGGGGAGAAACCAUAUAAAUGCCUGGAGUGUGAGAAAAGCUUCAGCCAGAAAGUAUAUCUUACUUUCCAUCAAAGUAUUCAUACUGGGGAGAAACAAUAUAAAUGUCAGGAAUGUGGGAAAGGUUUCAAUCAGAGAGGGAACCUUACUUCCCAUCAAAGAAUUCACACUGGAGAGAAACCAUAUAUGUGCCUGGAGUGUGGGAAAAGCUUCCGUCAGAGUGGAAGCCUCACUGUCCAUCGAAGAAUUCACACUGGGGAGAAGCCAUAUAAAUGCCUGGCGUGUGGAAAAGCCUUCAGCCAGAAAGGAUACCUUACUUUCCAUCAAACAGUUCAUACAGGAGAGAAACGAUAUAAAUGCCAGGAGUGUGGGAAAAGUUUCAGUCAGAGAGGAACCCUUACUUCCCAUCAAGGGAUCCACACCAUGGAUAAAAAACAUAAAUGCCUGGAGUGUGGAAAAAGCUUCAGUCACAGUGGAAGUCUCACUUUCCAUCAAAGAAUUCACACUGGGGAGAAAAAAUAUAAAUGCUUGGAGUGUGGAAAAAGCUUCCGUCAGCGUGGAAACCUUACUUCCCAUCAAAGAAUUCACACCGGGGAAAAACCAUAUAAAUGCCUGGAGUGUGGGAAAAGUUUUCGUCACAGUGGAAGCCUCACUGUCCAUCAAAGAAUUCACACUGGGGAGAAACCAUAUAAAUGCCUGGAGUGCGGGAAAGCCUUCAGCCAGAAAGGAUACCUUACUUUCCAUCUAAAUAUUCAUACUGGCGAGAAACCAUAUAAAUGUCUGAAGUGUGGGAAAGGUUUCAAUCAAAGAAGAAACCUUACUUCCCAUGAAGCGAUUCACACCAUGGAGAAAAAACAUAAAUGCCCGGAGUGUGGAAAAAGCUUCCGUCACAGUGGUAGCCUCAUUGUCCAUCAAAGAAUUCACACUGGGGAGAAACCAUAUAAAUGCCUCGUGUGUGGAAAAGGCUUCAGUCAGAAAGCAUACCUUACUUUCCAUCAAAGUAUCCAUACAGGGGAAAAGCCAUAUAAAUGUCUGGAAUGUGGAAAAGCUUUCAUUCAGAGAGGAAGCCUUACUUCCCAUCUAAGAAUUCACACUGGGGAGAAACCAUAUAAAUGCCUGGAGUGUGGGAAAAGCUUCCGUCACAGUGGAAGCCUCACUGUUCAUCGAAGAAUUCACACUGGGGAGAAACCAUAUAAAUGCCUGGAUUGUGGGAAAAGCUUCAGCCAGAAAGGAUACCUUAAAUUUCAUAGAAGUAUUCACACUGGGGAAAAACCAUAUAAAUGCCUGGAGUGUGGGAAAGGUUUCAGUCAGAGAGGAAACCUCACUUCCCAUCAAAGGAUUCACACCGGAGAGGAAAAAUAUCAAUGCCUGGUGUGUGGAAAAAGCUUCAGUCACAGUGGAAGCCUUAUCUUCCAUCAACGAAUUCACACCAGAGAGAAAAAAUAUAAAUGCCUGGAGUGUGGAAAAACUUUCCAUCAGAGUGGAAACCUUACUUCUCAUCAAAGAAUUCACACUGGGGAGAAACCAUAUAAAUGCGUGGAGUGUGGAAAAGGCUUCCGUCAGAGUGGAAGCCUUACAGUCCAUAGAAGAAUUCACAGUGGGGAGAAACCAUAUAAAUGCCUGGAGUGUGGGAAAGCCUUCAGUCAGAAAGGAUAUCUUACUUUCCAUCGAAGUAUUCAUACUGGGGAGAAACAAUAUAAAUGCCCACAGUGCGGAAAAGGUUUCAGUCAAAGAGGAAACCUUACUUCCCAUCAAGGGAUUCACACCACAGAGAGAAAACAUAAAUGUGUGGAAUGUGGAAAAGGCUUUAGUCAAAGUGGAAGCCUCAGUUUCCAUCAAAGAAUUCACUCUGGGGAGAAAAAAUAUAAAUGCCUGAAGUGUGGGAAAAGCUUUUAUCAUAGUGGAAGCCUCACUGUCCACCAAAGAAUUCACACUGGAGAGAAACCAUAUAAAUGCCUGCAGUGUGGGAAAACUUUCAGCCAAAAAGGUUACCUUACUAUCCAUCAAAGUAUUCAUACUGGAGGGAAACAAUAUAAAUGCCCAGAGUGUGGGAAAGGUUUCACUCAGAGAGGAAACCUUACUUCCCAUCGAAGAAUUCAUACUGGAGAGAAACCAUAUACAUGCCUGGAGUGUGGAAAAAGCUUCCGUCAGAGUGGAAGCCUCAAUGUCCAUAGAAGAAUUCACAGUGGGGAGAAACCAUAUAAAUGCCUAGAGUGUGGAAAAACCUUCAGCCAGAAAGGAUACCUUACUUUCCAUCAAACUAUUCAUACCGGGGAGAAGCGAUAUAAAUGCCCAGAGUGUGGGAAAGGUUUCAGUCAGAGAGGAAGCCUUACUUCCCAUCAAAGAACUCACACUAGGGAGAAGAACCAUAAAUGUCUGGAGUGUGGAAAAAGCUUCAGUCACAGUGGAAGCCUCACUUUCCAUCAAAGAAUUCACACAGGGGAAAAAAAAUAUAAAUGUUUGGUGUGUGGAAAAAGCUUUUGUCAGAGUGGAAACCUUACUUCUCAUCAAAGAAUUCACACUGGUGAGAAACCAUAUAAAUGCCUGGAGUGUGGGAAAAGCUUUCGUCACAGUGGAAGCCUCACUGUCCAUCGAAGAAUUCACACUGGGGAGAAACCAUAUAAAUGCCUGGAGUGUGGGAAAGCCUUCAGUCAGAAAGGAUACCUUACUUUCCAUCAAAGUAUUCAUACUGGAGAGAGACGAUAUAAAUGCCCAGAGUGUGGGAAGGGUUUCAGUCACAGAGGAAACCUUACUUCCCAUCAAGGGAUUCACACCAGGGAGAAAAAGCAUAAAUGCCUGGAAUGCGGAAAAGGCUUUAGUCACAGUGGAGGCCUCAGUUUCCAUCAAAAAAUUCACUCUGGGGAGAAAAAAUAUAAAUGCCUGAAGUGUGGGAAGAGCUUCUAUCACAGUGGAAGCCUCACUGUCCACCAAAGAAUUCACACCGGGGAGAAACCAUAUAAAUGCCUGGAGUGUGGGAAAACCUUCAGCCAGAAAGGAUACCUAACUAUCCAUCAAAGUAUUCAUACUGGAUGGAAACCAUAUAAAUGCCCAGAGUGUGGGAAAGGUUUCACUCAGAGAGGAAACCUUACUUCCCAUCGAAGAAUUCACACUGGAGAGAAACCAUAUACAUGCCUGGAGUGUGGAAAAAGCUUCCGUCAGAGUGGAAGCCUCAAUGUCCAUAGAAGAAUUCAUAGCGGGGAGAAACCAUAUAAAUGCCUAGAGUGUGGGAAAGCCUUCAGCCAGAAAGGAUACCUUAAUUUCCAUCAAACUAUUCAUACUGGGGAGAAACGAUAUAAAUGCCCAGAGUGUGGAAAGGGUUUCAGUCAAAGAGGAAACCUUACUUCCCAUAAAAAAAUUCACACCAGAGAGAAACCAUAUAAAAAGCAGAAAACCAUGUGAAAGGUGGGAAAAGCUUCCACCAGAAUGGAAACCUUACUUUCCAUCAAAAAAUGCACACUGGGGAGAAGCAAAUAUAUAUGCUUAGGUUCUUAAAAAACCUUCAGCCACAAUAGAAUACACAAAGGAGAAGAAAAAAUACAUAACUUCCUUUACUCCGAAAUAUGUUUCAGCUGGGAAAAAAAUUCAGUGGAAAAUGCUUCUGUCACAGUGGAAUCCUGAUUUCCCAUCAAAGAAUUGACACAGAAAUGAAACAGUAUGAAAUAGUGGCAUAUGGGAAGAUGUAUCAUCAAAGUGGACAUUCAUCCAACAGUUUCCCCAAAGAGAAAAAAGUAUAAAUGCUGGAGUAUGGAAUAAGCUUUCAUCACAGUGGAAGCUUCACUUCCCACCUCCACACACGGGAGAAACCAUAUAAAUACUUAGAGAGACUUGAGAAACCUUCUUCUAGUGGAUACCUUAUUUCCCAUUGAAAUAUUUACUCUGGGGAGAAAUAAUAUAAAUGCUAGGAGUGAGGAGAAAACUUCCAUAACAGUGAAAGCCUCACUUUCCAUCAAGCACACAAGAGAGAAACCAUAUGAAUGCUUAGAGAGGAGGGAAAGCUUAGAGAGGGGGGAAAGUUGCAGUGGAAGCCUUACUUUCUAUCAAAGAAUUCAUGGAGCUGGGAAACCAUCAGAAUGCUUGGUGUGUGGAAAAAUGUUACAUCAAAUAAAUUGGCUUACAAAAUGGAAAGCAAUGCAAUAAAACAGUGCAAAACUAA